GUAAAUUGUUAGCUGUGUUGAAAUUAUUUCAGGUGCAGACAAUGAACAAAAAAAUAUGUUACGUAAUAAUUUCAAUUUGCAAUGUAAUUAUUACUCCGGCUUAUCCGUAAUGGAUGACAAGUGGUGUGCGACGUACAUAAAUAUCGAAGACUUAGGAGGUAUUUGCGAUUUGUAGAACAAGGAAAAUAGUUAUUUCUGGUAAAAAUGGGGGCAAAGGAUUCAAAACCCCUGUGUAUAACAUACGAAGAAGCAGCUAAGCGUGUGACAGAAGCAGAGCUGAAAAGACUGAAGGAGGCAUUUAAACGUGUUUCUACCGUAAAUGGAUGCAUAACAAAGCAGUCUUUCGUAAAAGAUGUCUUGGGCGAUGGAGUACCGACUCAGAUAGCAGAGUACAUAUUUUCUGCGUGUGGCGGAACACAGAAAGGAAUCGUUUUUAAGGACCUGCUCUGUGGUCUGGUACUUUUAACUAGAGGAAAAGAUGAUGAGAAAUUGAAGUUUUUAUUCGGGUUGUACUCGAAUGAAUCAGGGAGUCACAUUUCUCGAGAUGACUUCUUGAGAUUGCUUCAAGCGACAGAGAGCAGUUUCAUUCCUGAAGCAGUCACUGGUCUCUUCUCAGAGAAAGAUCGUGUGUCAUACGAAGAAUUCCGGGACUGGCUCUUGUCACGUCGUGAUGCGACCUCAUUGAGCCGUUGGUUGCUGUCGGAGCCGUGUACUGUUACUCUAAGCAAUGAAUUGGAAACACCAACCUUCUACCAAACACUUGCUGGUGUGACUCAUUUGGAAGAGAGUGACAUCAUCGAGCUGGAGAAGCGCUACUGGCUUUUGAAGGGCCAGUCACGCACGGGGAAGCUUGACCUGGACACGCUGGUGCCUCUGGUCAGCCCCCCAGUGCCCUUGUCCGUCUGUGCCGGGGUCUUCGCUGCGUUUGACGAGAACAGGGACAGCCACAUCGACUUCAAGGAAAUGGCGUGCGGUGUAUCUGCUGCGUGCAGGGGCCCUCUCACUGAGAGGCAAAAGUUUUGUUUUAAAGUUUUUGAUGGUGAUAGAGAUGGUGUCCUCACAGAAGAAGAGUUGCAGCACAUGAUUGAUGUUCUAUUAUUUGUACGCCGUGAAAAUAAAUCAUCUAAAGAACUCUCUCUAGAUCCGUACGGUGAAGUUGGGGAAGUAUGUGGGAUACUGGAAACUAUCUUUGAUGUUUGUCCACAGCCAAGUGGUGAGAGUCCAAACAGCAGCAAUUCAGGAAGUUUGAGGAGAGGUGUCAGUACAGGCCGUUUAUCAGGACGACGAUCAAACCAACAGUUGAUUGAAGAUGCUGUCGAUGCCACCACUGAAGCAACAGAUUCUCUUAAUUCUACAAGGCUGUCCACAACUUCCCUAGCAGCACAAGAAACAUCCAGAUCAUCAAGUGUCGCAUCCAGCCCGAGUCAGUCACCUCGUCAGCCACGAAAGGCGACAAGCUCCUUCGGCGGUUCUCCAUCUCCACCGGGGCCGAUUGACAACACAAACCUUGUGUCAACUCCGGCCUACAAGGUGGCCACACCGCUGACUGGAGAGGGUGGAAAGCUAAAAAGGAGUCCCGAACUUGUGCACCCACGUGAUUUUGAACUUGUUCCAGACUCUUUGUGGAAGGCCCUUUCACAAUGGUAUGGAGGCUCACCACCACUUCCAAGACAGGUGAUUCUUCCAAAGAAUGGUGAGAAAGAGGAACUGGAGCUGUUUCCACUAAACCUUAGGCUGUUACGGCACCAGUCGCCACCGGCAAGAGCCCCACAGGCUUCCUGGUCUGGCAUGGUUGGGGGCUAUGGUGCUGCUGCCCUCAGUUCCACAGGUUAUGCCUAUGUUUCCAAUUUCCCCACACCACCUAAGCGACAAUUAGCAUAUGUGGCAGCGUUCAGCCGUAUGGCUACGAUCAAGCAAGUCUACGACUUCUUGUGUGCUCGUCUCAGGAUAAGACCAGAGGACAUGAGGUUAUGGCAUUAUAGGGAUGAGAACAACAUGCUUCUUAUUGAGGAUGAAGAACCUACUUUGGAGGAUUUGGGUAUAAUGGAUGAAGACCAGCUUUUGAUUGAAGUCAGGAACAAAGACCUUACUUGGCCUGAAGAAAUGGGAUCACUGGCAAAUCAUUUACAGGACAAGCGUAAACCAUCUGUCCCAGCUGAAAGAGGAGCGACUGGUCUCAACAACUUGGGUAAUACAUGCUUCAUGAAUGCUGCAUUGCAGUGUGUGAGCAACACGAGGGCUCUCACUCAAUAUUUCACAAGUAACAUGCACCUCUAUGAACUUAACAGAGCAAAUCCGCUAGGGAUGAAGGGUCAUAUUGCUAAGAGAUAUGGGGAUUUGAUCCAUGACAUAUGGAGUGGAACUGCAAAAACGAUAGCACCUCUGAAGCUCAGGUGGACAAUAGGAAAGUAUGCACCACGUUUCAAUGGUUUUCAGCAGCAUGAUUCACAAGAGCUGUUGGCCUUUCUUCUCGAUGGGUUACAUGAAGAUCUUAAUAGGGUGCAUGAUAGACCUUAUGUAGAGCUCAAAGACAGUGAUGGAAGACCUGAUGUCAUAGUGGCACAAGAGGCCUGGGAAAAUCAUAUUCUUCGGAACAAGUCGAUUAUAGUGGACCUGUUUCAUGGCCAACUCAAGUCUAAAGUGACGUGUAAAGUGUGUGGCCAUGAGAGUGUGAGGUUUGAUCCAUUUAACUACCUCUCAUUACCACUGCCUAUGGAGAGCUACAUCCAUGUGCAGGUUAUUGUAAUGCGAUUGGAUGGAUCUGUUCCUGUAAAAUAUGGCCUAAGAUUGAACAUGGAUGAGAAAUACAGCAGCAUAAAGGCAGCAUUGUCACCGUUGUGUGGCAUACCAGCUCACUUAUUAAGACUGGCAGAAGUAACCGCUGCCCAAAUAAAGACUGUACCACCAGAUGAUCAAAAGAUAAAAACUUUGGUCGGUGGUUGCCUCUAUGCUUAUGAGCUUCCUGAGAUGGGUUCAUUAUUUGGAGAGGAAGAAAGACUUUCGAUUUGCUCACAACGCUCUAACAGAGAUGGACAAACAUUUGUCGCAAUCCAGCGGUCUGUACAACCACGCCCACCACCACUGGGUUCAGGUGGUGUUACAAGCAGCCCAGUGCUUCGGGCCAGUGUGGAAUGUGAUCCGCACUCUCUUACAUGUAAUAAUAGACCAGUUGUAGACGACGGCAGUUCAAGCAAUCCGAAUCCAAACGCGGAGCAACUCCAGGCUGGCUCGUCAUCCCAUCGGCUGAGUGGAAGCAGUGGGAGCAAUGGCAGCCUGCCACCGGAGGAGAUAGCUGCGAUAGCUGCGCGCCAGUCGAGCGGGCACAGCAGUGCCAGCUCCGGCAGCCUGGCUGGCCUCAGUGACACAGACGUGUGCAGCCCGCAGGGCUUUAUCGUCGCACUCCAUCGAAAAAUGAUUCGACAAGAUGUAUAUUUCCUGUCAUCGCAAAAGACAAAACCCAGCCUCUUCGGGUUACCAAUAAUUGUACCGUGUUCAGAAACAACAACUCACCAAGACCUCUACCACGCUGUUUUGGUGCAGGUUGCACGACUUGUUUCACCGCUACCACCAUCUGAGACAGCGGCACCAAACCAUGCUCAAGACUGUGACGACAGCCUAGGUUAUGAAUUCCCAUUCGUACUGAAAGCAGUUCAACGAGAUGGUAUGCAGUGUGCUCUGUGCCCGUGGUACAGAUUUUGCCGCGGCUGUCGCAUACCUUGCUCUGAAGCUGAAUUCAACUUCAGAUGUACACACCUAGCCAUUGAUUGGGAUCCAACAGCUCUACACCUGCGUUAUCAGACAUCCCAGGAAAGGGUUUUUGUGGAACAUGAAAGUGUUCCAUUGACACGGCAACAGCAGUCAGAGCCAAUUGAUCUGGAUUUUUGCUUGGAGGCCUUUACAAAAGAAGAGCAUCUUGGGGAAGAUGAAAAGUAUUAUUGCUCAAAAUGUGGCCAACAUCAGUUGGCAAGCAAAAAGCUUCAAAUAUGGAGGCUACCUCCAAUACUGAUUGUUCAUCUGAAAAGGUUCCAGUUUGUUAAUGGGAAGUGGGUAAAGUCCCAGAAGGUUGUGAAUUUUCCAUUCAGGAAUUUUGAUCCAACAGCCUACCUUGCUUCGGUACCUAAACAGACGGUCAUCAGACACAAAGAACUAAAGGGGGAAUAUGCUGAAAAGGAGCAAAACUCCGAAAAGGAUGACAGUAACAUCGAAUCCAACAUUAUGUCACUGACUGAUGAAUCUGAAGUGCAAAAUCAUGGUGAUAUACUAUCACAUUUAAUUCAGAACCAUAGGGAGAUAGUUGACAACAAUUUAAAUAUAUCAAAACCGAGAUUAGAGGCUGAACUAAAUACUCAUAACAGUGCCAGAGGAAAUGGACACAUUCCCAAUGGUGAUCUGACACUACCAUUGAAUUCACGUGAAAGACUGGUGUCGACGUCACUCGUCAAAACUCCUGUGGUAGAUUGUGCCCUACAAGAUUUCCACCAACAUCGGCUUACUGAUGGCAGCGACCCAUUUGAUUUGAAGUACAAUUUGUAUGCUGUAGUGUCACAUUCAGGCAUCCUAGGAGGUGGCCAUUAUGUGUCAUAUGCGUGCAAUCCAAAUGGACGGUGGUACUGCUACAAUGACAGCAGUUGUAAGGAGGUGAGUGAGUCUCAAAUGGACACCAGCUCAGCCUAUAUGUUGUUCUACGAGCGAGAGGGAUUGGACCAGCAGCAGUACAUGCCUAGUGUUGUCGGCAAGGCACCCGACACACGUGAUCUCGAUGAUGAGUUCGAUUCGGAUCUUAAGAAACUCUGCUGCCUCAUGUGAGUCAGUGAGGUUUUGCCCUGUGACAUAUCUCAUUGGUCUCGUGUGAAUAUUUAUCUUCUCAUAACUGUGGUAAAAGCUAAAGUAUUGUAAAUUAUUUGUUAUUUUUUGUGUGUUGUGUAAAUGUAUGGUGAAAUGUCACUCGAAUGCAUGCAAAAUGUGUUAAAAGUGAGUGCCAUGCGAAGAUUGCUUUUAUUGUAAAUUGUUGAUCAGUGUGAAUAAGUUGCUCUUCUGUUUCAUUCAAAGUAUUUAUAGACUUUUGUAGUCUUAAUAUAAGGCAAUUUUUGCCCCCUUUAAAAUCAAAAGAAGUUAAUGCAGAGAAGACAGAUGUAUCAUACAAAGAAAAUUCAUACCUGAUGACACGUUUGUGCUUUGUAAUCAAUGUCAAUCUAUCUGCUUUAAAGAAUGUUUAUAUGUAUUUUUGUACACUAAUAUACCCAAUACCAUUAUGCCAUAUCUGUUCAUAGUACUCAAUCAUCUCAGGUUCUUACAAUUUAAGCUAUGUAUUUAGUUUAUAGGAAAAAUUAAUUUUGUUUACCAGCUGUCUUCAUAACAGAUGUCAUCUUCAGCAAUAUAUGAUUAGUUUUUCAGUACACAGAAUUGUUUUGCCUUUUUUACCAUACACCUUUUGUUUUAUGUGGUGUUGUACAAGAAACAGUAUAUGUGGCAUAAGACUGAUAGCCCAGUUCAUUUUUAUUAGAUAUAUGUUCCUUGUUGGAGGGUACAUGUGCUGACAUCCCCAAUUCUACAAGUUUAUAUUGCUAAUACCAUUAGAUCAGUGGAAUUAAUAACAUUAUUCCUUGAAAUCCAUUUGCCUGUCUAUAAUGUCUCUAUUUUAUUGACAUCAGUUCUUCAAUUUUGUGCACUUUGCAGUAGAAUCUAAAGAAGAAAGAUGAGAAAAAUCUUACACUUCUUUAAGGGGUCGAUCAUGCCCAAAAUAUUCUGUGAAGUAUGCAAGCAUAAUGUUAUUAGUAAUGUGUAUAGUGUAUAUUUUGAACAAAACAUUAUUUUAAUAUCAUUACCUGCACUGCAGGUUUUUUGUCAAAGGGUGUUCUUCAUUAAAGUAUUCAGUCAGUUUAUUUGCAUGUGAUGUGGAAGAGCCAUUAAGAAACCAAAGAGGAGAUUAUAUUUUAUAUUUUCUUUCAUGUUUUUAGUUUAUAUAUAAGAUAUUUAAAAUCACCAUGAUUGCAGUAAAUUCUGUACAAAGUAUGUGAUUGCCCUUGUUUAAAUGGGACACAGAUAUUUAAUUUUUGUAUGUUGUGUUUCCAUACACACGUUUUAUCAGCAUACCCUGCAUUUUCGUGUGUUAAUAUUAUUUUUGUGAUUUAAAUUAACCUCUUUUCCUCCCUUCACAUGACAGUUUAAGUAAAUUAUAAUUUUCUGUAAGUUUGCAUUGAUUCUGACUUACAAAAGAACAGUACCCAUGUAAUUAAUGUGUGGUAACACUUUCCCUGCAGUUUUGUUAAUUGAAACAUCAAAUAUUACAGUUUUUCAGAAUGAAGUUUGCUUAGCAAGUCAUUCUCCAGGAAUCCAAAUUUUGUCAUUGGUGGAUAAUCAUCUAUUAGUAACCCCUUUCACAGGACCAUCAAUACAGUUAAAGUUCAUAACAAUGAAUAUGUUACUACCCUGUGCUGCAUUGUGUGUUUUCUGGUGCACUUUUAAUAUAUUUUAUUAUGCCUGUACUAUUGUUUUUAGUGCCAUUUCCAUACACAUUUCAUAUUGUUUCUUUUUUAUAGAAAAAUGUCUAAGAAAUUUGAAUAUGAUCAUUAUUUACCUUUCCGCAUAAAAUUUAGUCCUCAGGUUCUUGCUGUUUCUUCUGUAAGGCAAACAACUCAUUAUUACCUUUAGUCAGUAGCAUUAUUCUCAGCAGAAUGUAGCUGUAUUUUCCAUUUACCAUGUAGUUAAAGCAACACUAGUCAGUAAAUGUUAUUAUGAACAUAUUAAAUUCACAAAAACUACAUUAUUUCUGUACCUUGUGAUCCCUUUCAGAAGUCUGAAGAAAUAAAUUGUGUGUUAUUCUUUUAAUUAUGUAUGGAAAAAUAUUAAUUUAACAAUUGACAUGUGCAAGUCAUUUAGAUGUCUCAUACAAGUUUAUAAAUGUGUGUUGUAUAUAAAAUUGUUACACAUUUCACUGUUAUGUAAAUGAAAAUGAUAAAAAUAAUAAUAAUAGUUGUAGUAGUACUGCUAAUGUUCUGCCUUUAUAUUGCACACCUGUGUUAGGUAUUGAUGAGAGAUUAUUAAUACAGAAGAUAAAAUGAAGAUAAUAUGUGUGGAUAAAAAUACCAGGGAGCAAUUCAGCCUAAUUGUUGAUUUUUGCAAAAUAUAUAUGAAUUCCAGAGAUUACACUAUUGGUGAUAAUUUAAAAAAAAAUUUUGUUACUGUAAAGAAUACGUUUAUUGCAUCUUUAUACAUAAUUUGUAAAUAUACAGAGAUAUUAUUGUUUUAUCAUAUAUCAGUGUGUGAGCUUUAAUAGAAAAUAAAGUGUUGCCUUAUUGUUUAGUGUGUAGGUGUGGCAGUAUUAUGCCAGCUGUGAAAAUGUAAAUUAGCAGAUGACGAGUGAGUGUGAGUGAGUGAGUAUGUCUCCCAUAUUCAUUUUCGUGAAAAAGGUGUAUUUUCUUAGUAAACUAUUACAAGUAUUAUUAAUUGAAUAAAUCGAAUGAAAACUAUAUAAUUUAAAUGUAUGUUUGAUAGUUUUUAAGCUUUAAUGGUGUUUAUGAAAGAAGAUGAAUCAGACAUUAUUUUAUCAGUUGAGAUAGAAAUAAAAAUAUGUAUAGCCACUUUUUGAAUAGAAAUUCAUUCUUUAGUAUGGCUAUUUUCGGUGAGCAUUGUUAUCUCCCCUUAGAAUACAUGUAAUAAUGAUUCUGGUGUUAUAUAUUCUGUAGUUUUUAAAGUGCUCCCUUCUGAGUUGUGUUGAACCACUAUAAAUGGUAAGUAACUCGUGUAACAAUUAGGCUGGAUAAUAAAAAUUUAAGAUGAGAGAAGAGCCAGUUGCUACAAAAUAUUUGGCUUCACUUUUAUGUGAUAAGUGGUCCACCUCCGUAGCAGAGUGGUCAGCCUUACCAAAUGCCAUGCAGAGGACCCAGGAUCAAUUUCCAGUACUGCCAGGGAUGUUUCUUCAGUGGGAGGACUGGAAUGGGAUUGCAGCCUCGUAAUGCGUCAAUGAACUAAGUGACUGAGCAGCAGCAGCUUCUGCUCACAAAAACUAACAAUGGCCGGGUGAGUUUUGUGCUGAUCCCACGCUCCCUGUACCACAUCCAAUUAUGCCACUGGCAGAGGAUGAUGUGGCGGUCGUUCAGUACCGAUGGGCCUGCUAGGACCUAUGGAUAGAGUUUACAUUAUGUGCUGAAUUAGUGUGAAAAUAAUGCCCAACCUUUUUUUUUUUUUUUUUUUUUUUUUUUUUUUUUUUUUUUUUUUUUUUUUUUUUUUUUUUAAAAACCCUUAAAUAAUUGUGGCUCACACAAUUAUACUUUUGUUAAUAUCUGCUACUCGUGUUAAUAGUUGAAAUGUUAUCCUGUCUUUCUCAUGGCCGAAAUUUUACAGACUUGAAAAAUGAUCUUUUAAUGUUAUCACACAGAGUGCCACACACUGAAUUUGUUCUGAAAGUAUCUUUGUAGUUUAUGAUCUGUGUACAUUAAACAAAACUUUGUUUCCCUUUUUUAAUAUUGCUUUCUAUAUUUGAUAUGGGUAAGAUGUUAGACAUUCUGCAUCAAGAAAAAUUAUUGAUUUCCAGGACUUAAUUGUAUAAAACUUUUCAGAUUAAAUAUCUAAUGGUUAUUCUGGCUCUACAGUCCAUUCUCAUGAAACACUGAAUUUGUGUAGUAAAACCUGCAUGUUUUGUGCGGAUGGAUUGAAAAAGGAAGGUGUGGCAACUGGGAAGCUGCAGUAUGAAUAAUUUUGGUAUCAUCAUCAUCAUCAUCAUCAUCAUCAUCAUCUGGUUGGUGCAGUAAAGUCAUACUGGAUAACUAUGGCAAAUAGCUGACAACUCAGCUUUUGAAGAGAGUAAGGAGCAAACAACUAAGUGGGCAACAGCAUGUUGUUCUUAUGAAGAACAGUAACAGUUCAAUUUAACUGUCAUUGGUAGGCUUGCUGGCCUAGUGUGGGUAGCCCAUCAUCUGCAGUCAUUACAGUUAGCUGAUUAGACUAAAUUAUCCUGACUGUAUGAUGAUUAUCCUGAUGUUAUAAAAAAUAGUCACUAGGAAAAAAGUUCAGUCAUAUUGCAGCUUUUGGGCACCCGUGUCUUCCUUUUUCAAAUAAUCAGAAAAGUUGAUAAUAGCAGUUGCACAGAGGAAUAAAUUCCUAUUCAAAUAACUACUGGCAAUGUUUUUAUUUCUAUCUGUAUAUGAAAAUACAUGGUUCACCAUCCCCAUCAAUGUAUUUACAGAUGUUAUCCUGUAUGCUAUACUCUUUAAUAAAGUAUAUGCCAACUUCAGAAAAUGAAUAUGACACUGGAAAAGCUUGUUACAUUUUCUUCUGACUGACAGUUACAUUUUGUACAAUGCUUGAUUAUUGUACAGUAGUGCAGCAUUCUAGCAAGAUACAUUCCCUUUAAAAUUCAAAUUUGUUUGUAAAAAAACCCUAAGUAUUGACAAUUAUAAAUGAAAUGUAGAAAAUGUAUGUUGCAUUCCAUAUGCAUGUGUAAGUAUUUUAAAGUGUAUUUUAUACAGUUUGAGUUGUCAUUCAAUAAGAUAUUACUUUCAAAUCUGUGACUGUGCUUGGAUAUAUCCUUAAUAUUUUGUAUCAAGAAAUGUUUUUAAAUGUGCAGGGACGGAAUUGUUUCAAACUUAAAACUAAGAUAUAUUGUGAUAUCAAGUAGAAACCUUAAUUCGUGUUUAGCAUCUCCUAGUCUUAUGCUAUAAUAUUUUCUGGAACCUGUCAACAUAGGGAAUAUAUUCAUCUAUUGGAUUACAGGCAUGAUAUAUUAUUCAAUGAUUUUAUGGCUUUUGUAGAAAGAUUAUAUCAUUUUGAAAUUGUUAAAUCUACUGCAGUUGAAGAAUGAUAAUCCAGAAAUGGAAAUGGUCAUACCUGUAUAUACUAUAUUACUUCCUGUGUUACUUGUUAUCAGAUUUAUGUAUACCUGUUGAUUGAAUAGAAUGCAUAGUAAACAGGAAAUGAUUUGUGCCAUUGUCAGGGAGGAGUAGCUAUGCACCUCCCUUUCAUUACAGUAUUCCUGAAAAUAUUCAGUUAAUAAAAGAUGAAAUAAAAUUGAA